AAAAGUGGAUUAGAAAAUUCAGACAACUAGACGGACCUACCUACCUAUAAAAAGGGCAAAAACAAGAAACACUCUCUUCUUACUUCAUUGUUCAUCCAUCAAACCAGAAUCUUUGAUCUUCAAAUGGAAUCUAAAUCUAAGUCUAAUGAGCAUAUAGUGAUGUUACCAUUCAUGGCUCAUGGUCAUCUCAUACCUUUUCUUGCAUUAGCAAGACAAAUCCACCAAAGAAGUGGUUUCAGAGUCACCAUUGCUAAUACCCCUCUCAACAUUCAAUACCUCCGUUCAACCAUGAACUCCCCUGAACCUAAUAACAUCAAUUUUAUAGAGCUUCCGUUCUCUGUCCCCGCCGAGUAUGGCUUACCGCCCAACACUGAAAACUCUGAAAAUUUACCUUUGGAUCUUAUUGGGAAGUUUUUCGCUGCAUCAACAAGUCUCGCGAAUCCAGUUCACAACCUACUCUCUGAUAUUGUAGCUAAAGAAGGUAAGCCUCCACUUUGUAUAAUAUCAGAUGUUUUUUUUGGGUGGGCUAGUGAUGUUGCCAAGAGUUUCGGUACUGUUAAUGUUUCUUUCACUACUGGUGGAGCAUAUGGGUCCUUGGCUUAUAUUUCUGUAUGGCUGAGUCUUCCUCACCGCCAGUAUGCCGGUUCCGAUGAGUUUCCUGCGCCUGGUUUUCCUGAUGGAUACCGGUUUCACAUAUCUCAGUUGCAUAAGUUUAUAAGAGAUGCGGAUGGUACUGAUAUUUGGUCCAAGUUUAUGCAGAAACAGAUUUCACUUUCUUUACAGUCUUUUGGUUUUUUAUGCAACACAGUUGAGGAAAUUGAGCCUUUAGGAUUGGAUUUGUUUAGGAAAUAUGUUAAGCUUCCUGUGUGGACAACUGGUCCUCUUCUUCCACCUGAUGUGCUAAAUGGUUCAUCUCUUUCGAGUUCAGGGAUUAUUAGCUCUCAACGUGCAGGUAAGCAAUUUGGGAUUUCAACAGAAAAAUGCCUGCAAUUUCUUGAUUUGCAUAUGCCAUGUUCUGUACUCUAUAUUUCAUUUGGUUCACAAAAUAGUAUAAAUCCUGCUCAGUUGAUGGAAUUGGCUAUUGGGUUGGAAGAAAGCGCAAAGCCAUUCAUCUGGGUGAUAAGGCCACCAGUUGGUUUUGAUAGAAGAGGUGAAUUCAAAGCAGAAUGGUUACCAGAUGGAUUCGAACAUCGAAUCAGUAGUAAUAAAAAAGGAUUGCUGGUGAGAAAUUGGGCACCCCAGUUGGAGAUUUUGUCACACAAAUCGACCGGAGCAUUUUUGAGUCAUUGUGGUUGGAACUCGGUGAUAGAAAGCUUAAGCCAAGGUGUGCCUAUUAUAGGUUGGCCUUUAGCAGCAGAGCAAGCUUAUAAUUCUAAAAUGCUGGUGGAGGAAAUGGGUGUUGGUGUGGAAUUGACAAGAGGAUUGCAAACCAGUAUAGAAUGGAAAGAGGCGAAGAAGGUGAUAGAGUUGGCGAUGGACUUGAAAGGCAAAGGAAAUGAUAUGAGGAAAAAGGCUACAGAGAUUGGAAAGUUGAUCAGGGAAUCAGUGAAAGACAAGAAAGAAGAAAAGGGGUCCUCUGUUAAAGCACUGGAUGAUUUUGUAAGGAUCCUUUUGUCCAGAAGAGAAGGUGGUGGUCACUAAAUGGAAGUUGAGGUACUUUGUUAUGGUGUCAGUCAUUUUUUAUUAUUACUUUUGAAUAAUGUGUUGUAUUAACAGCAGCUUCAACAAUUUCACAAUGAAGCCUUCAAAAAACCCAAUUUGCUGCCACCUGCUAUUAUUAUAUAUACUUUUUUUAGUCAAAGAUGCAAAUAUAUACAAUUGGCCUCUACGCCACUCGCACCAAGGGUGUCAUCUGAUGCAAAGAUCGAGAUUGAGCCACCCAAUAACUCCAAAAGGAGAUGCAGAGUUUGAUCCCAAUAGCUAGUUCAUUUGUGCUCUGCUUUGUCUUAUCCUGGGUUAGUCGAGUUAGAUGUUACUUCGCAAUGUGAUCUGUGCCGCUAGCUCAUUUAAUGCGAUACUUCUACUUUAAUAUUUUUUUCUUUCCUUUUA